AUGCGGUUCGCUCGUCUUCUUCCUCUGGUCCUGGCUCCUCUGGCCCUCGCUUCCCCCGAGCCCGCACCUCGACCCAACCCCGUUGCGGCGCCUGCUCCGGAUGGCACCGGGCUGAUUAGCGAAUUGCCCUCGAUCUUGAGCGGUGCAAAGGAGCUGCUGAGUGAAGAUACCAUUAAAGACCUCGAUGUGAUCAUCACCGGUGCCGCCAAGCUGCUGUCCUCGAAAAACAUCGAUAUCUUACAAGAUAUCCUGACCAACGCCCACGGAUUGUUGACCAAGGACUUUGUCGACAACACAACAACGCUGAUCGGAGAUGCCACACCGCUGGUCGAGGAUGUUUCCAAAUUGCUGGGCGGCGUGUUAGGGUCACUGUGA